CCCGCGCCGCCGCCUGGACCCGGCCCCAGCCCCGGCCCCGGCCCCGGCCCCUCCGCGGGAUCCCGGCCCCUUCUCGAGCUCCGCCACGGGCCGCCAUGGCCUCUCUGGGGGACCUGGUGCGCGCCUGGCACCUGGGCGCGCAGGCUGUGGAUCGCGGGGACUGGGCCCGCGCCUUGCACCUCUUCUCGGGCAUCCCGGCGCCGCCAGCCAGGCUGUGCUUCAACGUGGGCUGCGUGCACCUGCUGGCCGGGGACGCCGAGGCCGCGCUGCGGGCAUUUGACCAAGCUGUGACCAAGGACACCUGUAUGGCGGUUGGCUUCUUCCAGCGAGGAGUGGCCAACUUCCAGCUGGCAAGGUUCCAGGAGGCUCUGUCUGACUUCUGGCUGGCCCUGGCGCAGCUGAGGGGCCACGCUGCCAUCAACUACACGCAGCUGGGCCUGCGGUUCAAGCUGCAAGCCUGGGAGGUGCUGUACAAUGUGGCGUCGGCACAGUGCCAGCUGGGGCUCUGGACAGAGGCGGCCGGCAGCCUAAGGGAGGCCAUGUCCAAGUGGCCGGAGGGGUCCCUAAAUGGCCUGGACUCGGCCCUGGACCAAGUGCAGAGACGACGCUCACUGCCGCCACGGCAGGUCCCCAGGGGCGAGGUCUUCCGGCCCCACCGGUGGCAUCUGGAGCACCUGGAACCCAUGGAUUUCCUGGGCAAGGCCAAGGUGGUGGCCUCUGCCAACCCCGAUGACCAGGGCUGGGGCGUCCGCCCUCAGCAGCCACAGGGACCAGAAGCGAACCAUGAUGCCAGGUCCCUAAUCAUGGACUCCCCAAGAGCUGGCACCCACCAGGGCCCCCUCGAUGUAGGGACCGAGGUCGGUGCUGACCACUGCACGUCGACUGCCUACCAGGAGCAGAGACCCCAGGUGGAGCAAGUUGGCAAACAGGCUCCUCUCUCCCCAGGGCUGCCGGCAAUGGGGGGCCUGGCCCCGGCCCCUUGAGGACCCCACGGGUGCUGGGGGAGCAGGUUCGGGGGGCUCCGAGCCCCUGGUGACUGUCACGGUACAGUGCGCCUUCACCGUGGCCCUGAGGGCGCGAAGAGGAGCCG